AUGCUAUCCCUCAAAACCCUCAUCACCUACCUCACCACAAUCUCAAUCUCAAUCUCAAUCCCCACCACUGCCUCAGCAGCUCCCCAACCAGCACUCCCCAACCAAAAUCUCGUCACACCCAACACCCUCAUAACCGACAUCAACACCAUCAGCCAGCACAUCCAAUCCCUAACCCACACACUCACCACGCAGCACAACAAACUCCUCACCGCAGCACCUUUAUCCCUAAAAUUCGCCGCCAUCCACGCCUCCACCACCAAAGCAUACAUCGAUGCCCAGGUAGCCAAAACCGCCAAUCCCACCGACUCAAGUCGCAUCGUAGAAUUCACCUAUUCGAACGUGGGGGUUGAAGUACCGGAAGCGAUCCGGGUGUUGAAGAGUAAGAAGGAGGAUUUUUCCCACGUUGGUCUUUCGAGUAUUGUUCUGGUGGGGUUGAAAUUACUUAGGCAUGAUUAUGAGAGGUUUAGUGAGGCUUUGCUUGCGAAGCUGGCGCCGGAUGUUAGGGAUAGGGCAGAUGAGAUGAUUGCAGUGAUUGAUAAGGCUUUUCAAGAUGGAAUUGAUUAUUUUUCUUCCUGA